AUGAUCCAAGAAGGCAUCCCACCAAAGCUCAAAGACUCUGGGAGCUUCUUCUUACCUUGUACCAUUGGUGCCACAAUCAUUGACAAGGCACUGUGUGAUUUAGGAUCCAGUGUUAACCUCAUGCCUCUGUCUAUGAUGAGAAGGAUAUCUAUAGAAAAAGUAAAGCCUAUACAGAUGUCAUUGGAGCUAGUGGAUAUAUCUCUGGUAAUUCCCAAGGGGGUGAUUGAAAAUCUCUUUGUCAGAGUAGGGAAAUUCAUAUUUCCAGCAAACUUUGUAAUCUUAGACUUAGAAGAAGAGGGGAAUGAUUCUAUUAUAUUGGGAAGACCUUUCCUGGCCACAGCAAGGGCCAUCAUUGAUGUUGAACAAGGAAAAAUGACUUUGAGGAUAAAUGAUGAGAAGAUCACUCUAAAUGUUUUCCAAGAAAUACAGCAUACUAUUGAAGAGAAAAGCUGCAUGAGGGUUGAAGAAAGAAGACAUACAUUGGGAAGAAAAAGCCAAGGAGACACUCCUCAGCUCACCUGUGAAGCAAGAGAUGGAUAG